UUAUGUGUGAAAUGAAGCUAAUGUCAUAAUCUUUUAGCUUAAUACAGGUGUACAAAAGUAGAGGUCUAAGCAAGUUUAGGCUUUAUUAAAACUGUUUACCAUUGAAAUUAAUACAUGUGUGUAUGUCUGCUUUCAUUGACAAGUCCAAAAUUCUGAACUAAAUAUACAUUUAUUUAUAAGUUUUAACUUCAUACCCUGUAUACUUUGUGAGCUGUUAUGAAAUGGUGGUGCAAUGAAGUGGUUCCAAGAAGGGCUAUAAUAGAAAAAAAGCAAAGUCUGAGACAGAGUAGUGAAAAAAAACCAUGCCACUGUUUGAAUUGACAUGCAGUCACUCUAUUUAUUGUUCUUUUUACUUUUGCACAAUCCUACCUUAAAUGCAUGUGCAUGAGGUGAAACUUGACCUUAAGUUGCUUCUUGUAUAGGUGAAAGAUGAAAAACAUGCCUACCAUGUUCGUCUGUGUGAGGGAGUUGAAUCAGUUUAUUGUAUUUAGCAAGCACACACACACACAAACACACACACAAGCGCGUUUUUCUACACAACAAGGUAAAUAUCCUGCAUCCUCUAUCAUAGCUGUGAAUCCAAAAGCUUCGUGUGCAUACUGCACUGCCUCUGAAACAAGUAAAGCCUUCCCACGUUUACACUGCUAGUUGCCCUGGCAACCUCAUCAGCUAUUUCCUAUUGGUUUGUCCCACAGCGAAUCAGAACGUGAACUGAUUAUGUCAUAUAUAAACAGUAUGGUGCAUUAUAAACAGUCCGGGGGUGCUGUUCUGUUACUUGAGAAAGGCAAGCGUGAGUGUCAUUUGAGCCGCCAGUCGACUUAAAAUCAGGUUGUUUUUCUUCUGUAUAAAUCAAUAAGUGCUUUGUAAAGGGAGAGUUAGUACCUUUUUUAUAUGGGAGAUCAAAUGGUUCCUAAGACAGAUCAUUUGAUUUGGGAAAGUCACAGUUAAUGUUAAAUCGACUGCAUUAACCUUAUUUGCUGUUAACCGAGACAGUAUCGUCAAGCCGAGUGACCUUCGCUAAUGCGGCAAAAACAGCAGUGAAGACCUUGAUACUGUCACUCAGACAGGGUUGCUGUUCCUGCUCUGCUUUUGAGUGCUUACUCUGGUUUAUUCUGCAUAUAUCAACCUCUCAACAUCAUCUCAUCAGGUGACUGAUUUAUGACAAUAAUGUAAUAAAACCGUGGAGAAAUCUUUAAAGGAAGCUCAAAAUGACUAUUCCUAAAGACUUCCCAGGAAAGUUGUUUCCGAACAUAUCUCCACUGACAUGGACAUCAGCAAAGAUAAGACAGACAGAAGAGGAAAGAAGAGUUCGAGCCAAUGACAGGGAGUAUAACGAGAAGUUUCAAUAUGCGAAUAACUGCAUCACAACCUCAAAGUACAACAUUAUUACUUUCCUGCCAGUCAACCUCUUUGAGCAGUUCCAGGAAGUUGCCAAUACCUACUUCCUGUUUCUUCUUAUUCUCCAGUUGAUUCCUCAGAUCUCCUCUUUGUCCUGGUUCACCACCAUAGUGCCUUUAGUACUGGUGCUAAGCAUCACUGCAGUUAAAGAUGCCACUGAUGAUUAUUUUCGCCACAAGAGUGAUAACCAGGUGAAUAACCGCCAGUCUCAGGUUCUCAUCAAUGGCAUUCUUCAGAAGGAGAGGUGGAUGAAUGUGAGAGUAGGGGACAUUAUCAAACUGGACAACAACCAGUUUGUGGCUGCAGACUUGCUCCUGUUGUCUAGCACUGAGCCGCAUGGUUUGUGUUACAUCGAGACUGCAGAACUUGAUGGUGAGACGAACAUGAAAGUGCGUCAGUCUCUGUCUGUUACUUCAGAACUAGCGGACCCUACCAAGCUGGCUCAAUUUGAUGGAGAGGUGGUGUGUGAGCCUCCUAAUAAUAAGUUGGAUCGGUUCUGUGGGACUCUUUACUGGAAGGAGUGUAAGUAUACUCUGACCAAUCAGAACAUGCUGCUAAGGGGCUGCGUCCUACGCAACACUGAGAGCUGCUACGGUCUUGUCAUAUUCGCAGGCCCAGACACCAAGCUGAUGCAGAACAGUGGACGCACAAAGUUCAAAAGAACAAGCAUAGACCGCCUUAUGAACACACUGGUUCUGUGGAUUUUUGGUUUUAUGGUGUGUAUGGGGGUAAUUCUGGCCAUUGGAAAUGCCGUGUGGGAGCGAGAAGUGGGGUCUCUUUUUCAGAUCUAUCUUCCAUGGGACCCUCCCGUUGACAACUUCCUCUUCUCUGCCUUCCUCUCUUUCUGGUCAUAUGUCAUCAUUCUUAACACUGUGGUGCCAAUCUCCCUGUAUGUAAGUGUGGAAGUGAUUCGGUUGGGUCACAGUUACUUCAUUAACUGGGACCGGCGGAUGUUCUGUAGUCAUAGCAAUACAGCAGCAGAGGCUCGGAGUACGACACUAAACGAAGAAUUGGGUCAGGUGGAGUAUAUUUUCAGCGACAAGACUGGCACCCUCACUCAGAACAUCAUGACCUUCAACAAGUGCUCCAUCAAUGGAAAUACUUAUGGUGAAGUAAUGGACAUUCCAGGAGCUCAGCAUAAAAGGGUCCAGCCUUUGGAUUUCAGCACAUGGAACUUGCUGGCAGACCAGGACUUUCGGUUCUACGACUCAUCUUUGGUGGAAGCAGUAAAGGUCGGGGAACCAACAGUGCAUGAGUUUUUUCGUCUGCUGUCUCUUUGUCACACGGUCAUGAGUGAGGAGAAAAAUGAAGGAGAGCUGUUGUAUAAGGCUCAGUCCCCUGACGAGGGUGCGUUGGUGACAGCAGCACGCAAUUUUGGCUUUGUGUUCCGUUCUCGUACACCUGGUACAAUCACUACGCAGGAACUGGGCAACGCCGUCACAUACACACUCCUUGCAAUCCUUGACUUCAACAACAUCCGCAAGAGAAUGUCAGUCAUAGUGCGAACUCCCGAAGGCCAUAUUCGUCUGUACUGUAAAGGGGCAGACACAGUGCUGUUUGAGAGACUUCACUCUUCCAACAAUGAGCUGAUGAAUGUGACGUCAGACCACCUAAAUGAAUAUGCCUGCGAUGGUUUAAGAACACUUGUGCUGGCUUAUCGGGAUCUGUCUGAGGAGCAGUGGGAGGAGUGGGCGGAGCGUUACCGUGGUGCCGACAAAGCUACUGACUUCAGGGAGGAUCGUCUGGCUGAUGCGUAUGAGGAAAUUGAACAGAACAUGAUGCUUUUGGGAGCCACAGCUAUAGAGGAUAAGCUGCAGGAGGGUGUGGCUGAGACCAUCGCUAUCUUAUCACUGGCUAACAUAAAAAUCUGGGUGUUAACUGGAGACAAGCAAGAGACAGCGGUGAAUAUUGGCUACUCAUGCAAAAUGUUAACUGACGACAUGACUGAGAUCUUUAUUGUUAAUGGGCACACAGUCCAAAGUGUUCGUGCUGACCUCAGGAAGGCAAGGGAGCGCAUGAUGGAGUCUGCCCGCACAAGAGAUGGUGGGAAGGAGACAGAGACUAAAGAACUACGCAAUGGAUUUGACAAAGAUCCAACUAAGCAGAUGCCGAAUAUAGAGAAACGUGCCCAAACCCAAUCCAUUUCUACCUCUGUGCUGGAGUCUGUCAGUGGAGAGUUUGCACUUGUUAUCAGUGGACACAGCCUGGCUCAUGCACUGGAGUCAGACAUGGAGCAAGAAUUUUUAGAGACAGCAUGCGCAUGUAAGGCAGUGAUCUGCUGCAGGGUUACACCUCUACAGAAAGCUCUGGUGGUUGAGCUCGUCAAGCGACGCAAAAAAGCCGUCACCCUUGCCAUUGGAGAUGGAGCAAAUGACAUCAGUAUGAUCAAGACGGCUCAUAUAGGAGUGGGCAUUAGUGGGCAGGAGGGCAUCCAGGCAGUGCUGGCAGCCGACUACUCCUUCUCCCAGUUCCGCUUCCUACAGCGCCUUCUGUUGAUACAUGGCCGCUGGUCCUACCUGAGAAUGUGUCGCUUUCUCUGCUACUUCUUCUACAAGAAUUUUGCCUUUACCAUGGUGCACUUCUGGUUUGGCUUUUUCUGUGGCUUCUCUGCUCAGACAGUAUAUGACCAGUAUUUCAUCACUCUAUAUAAUAUUGUGUAUACAUCAUUGCCUGUUUUGGCCAUGGGCAUCUUUGAUCAGGAUGUUCCUGAGCAGCGUAGCCUGGAGUGCCCGAAACUGUAUGAGCCAGGUCAACUUAACCUCCUCUUUAAUAAGCGAGAGUUCUUCAUUUGCAUUACUCAAGGUAUUUACACCUCUGUGGUGCUGUUCUUUGUGCCGUACGGUGUUCUUUCACGGGCCACUCAGAUCAACGGUACUCCACUUGCUGAUUAUCAGACCUUUGCAGUCACCACCGCUACGGCCCUGGUCAUCGUCGUCAGUGUCCAGAUCUCUCUGGACACUGGAUACUGGACAGCUAUUAACCAUUUCUUUGUGUGGGGUUCUCUCGGGACUUACUUCACUAUCCUCUUCACCAUGCACUCCAGCGUCCUUUUUAAUUUCUUCCCCAAGCAGUUUCACUUCCUAGGAAGUGCGCAGAACACAUUAGCACAGCCAGUGGUGUGGCUGACUAUUGCUUUAGCUACAGUCAUUUGCAUUGUCCCUGUGGUCACCUUUCGCUUCCUCAAACUAAACCUUAAACCUCAGCUCUCAGAUACUGUGCGGUACACUCAGCUCGUGCAUCAGAAGAAGUGGAGGCCUGGUGGGCGUGCUGGGUCCGGUGGAGGUGGAAUGGGUGCCUCAGGGGGUGGAGCUCUUGGGCGGUCAUGUCAUGGCGGUUCCCGUCGCUCAGGUUAUGCGUUUGCGCAUCAGGAGGGCUUUGGAGAACUGAUCACAUCAGGCAAAAAUAUGCGCCUGAGUUCGCUUGCUCUUGCGACGUUUGCCUCGCGCCACAGCACCAACUGGAUCGAUACACUUCGCAAGAAAAAACAGACAGCGGCCUCCGCAGCUGAGGACAGAUUGUCCGACUCACAGGCCCCACCUCUCUCCACAUCUUCCUCUCUGAUUGGCCGCCAAGAAACAUGCCCAGAAAGCACAGGACAAACAAAUGUGAACACUGUCCUUGGCAACACUCUUGGUAAUGUCCAGUUUAGCAUGACAAAUAUUACACAAGUGGAGAUAGAAGCUACAGUCUUGUAGUGCAGGAAACACUGAUGGGGACAGGAGCUCAGCACAGUGGAGCCAGCAGUCUUUCUCCUCUGUAUUCUACAGGGAAAGCGUCAAUUGGCAAGUGAGCAAUGUAGACAUCCUGACCGUGAACUCCGCUGUGUGACCCCGAAUGCCUCUCUUAUCUUAAAUCUGACUGAGUACAAAGCAUUUGAUGCCAACAACUCGUCUGUAAUUUGGACUGACAUACGAACCUAAGUAAAGGAUUUAUAAUUAAGGUUACAGCAAAAGCAUUAAACAGGCUAUACUUCACAAACACACAUACUGUAGUAUUUAAAAUAGACACAUAAUAUUUCCAUACAAUACCACACAUUGUUUGUUGUGCUGUGUCUACGUUUUACUGCACAACUUUAAAAUUCAAGCAACAAAAAAAAGAUCAAUACUAAAAGAGUAAAAAAAUAAAAAUUAAAUGUCAUGAUAUAUGACUAUUUUUAAUCUUACAGGAUGACUAUAUCCAUUUACUUAUGUCUCAAGCCAAUACCUAGCAGUUAAAUUGUAAUGUGAGCAGUCACCUUAAAAAGAUAUUGCAGUGUAUUCCUGUUAUACGCUUCAAGUUCUGUUGCCUUGACUUAGCAUUAGACAAAGCUACGAGACAAUGCAAUUACCUGUAAAUCCUCUAUAUACUGUAAAAUUAGUCUUUAGAUGCACUAAACUAUUUUAGAUACUUAAGUCAUUAUUUGUCGUAUACUUGUCUUAUAUCUUAUACUCUCUUUAUUUGAAUUGCAAAGAGGUUAUGUUUAAUAACACAGAUAAACAUAAUCCAGAAUAAUAUAUUAUUUCUCUUUUCUUUAAUACUUCUUUGUUAGGAUAUUCCUCGUUGUUUCUAAAAGGCUUUGUGGUUACACUGAAUCAUUUAUUUUAGUGUCUGGCAAUAUGUUUCCUUUGGAGAUGUAUGUUGUCAGAGAACUGCCACCUAUAGUAUUUGAAUAUGGGUUUUGCGUUUGCAGUAUAACAACUCAAGAAGUCACAAUAGUUGAAAACAUACUGACGAUACACAAUACACUUAAUGCCAAGUUUAAUGGAAAGACUUCUAGACUUGCAUAUUGAUGCAAUUAUCAGCAAAUGAUGUGGCAGUAGUGCAAUGAAUAAAAUUAUGCAGGUGCAUGUGAGAUCAUUUAGAGCUUUAUGUUCACAUUAAACCCCAGAGGGUUUACUGUGAUUCAGUUACUUUGACUAAGGCAUGGUUGUAAUUUGUAGUCUACAGUAACUCAAAUAACCACUCUUCAUAAUCAUGGUGAACAAAAAGCAUCCCAUCAGACAAAAGUCUUUUAAGACAAAUGGCCUAUAGUGCUGUGCGUGAACAUUAACUGAAGCCCUUGAACCUGUAUCUGCAUAAUUAUAUGCAUUGCCCUGCUUCCACAUACUGUAAUUAAGUGAUUGGAUAACUGCAAGAAUGAGCAGGUAUACAGGUGUUGCUCAUAAUGUGACUGGUGAGAGUAUACAGUAUUGUGGAAUUAACGUUUGCUAACAGAGUGAAUCAUUUGUUGGCAAAAUAACUUUAAUGUUUAAUUACUUAUAGUAUUUGAUGUUGUUGGAAUGACCCAGAUGGAUAUUGUUAUAAACCUGCUUUAUUUUGAAAUAGUCUAUUAUCAUAUGCAUAAAAACUUAUAAAAGGACCAUUAGAUGAUGUCAGCGAUUCUAAGGAUAUAACCUCAGAAUCCCAAGAGUUGCAGCUCAAGUAAAGACAAUGGACUACUUUGUGAAGGCCAUUUUUGUGUUUGAAUGAAUGUUCUCCAUGAGAACGUAAUAUGAACUUAUAUGGAG